UCCUCACCAAAAUACACCUUCCUCUUACAAGAAUAUACAUUUUCAUAUUAUAUUCUUGAUCCUAAAAAGCCAGAGUUAUACUUGAACCAUGCAAUCCAUCAAGAUUCUAGCCUGCUGGAGGAUUCUUUACUGGUUUAUUUUGAUAUUUGUAACACAACUUGCUUGUUUCUCCCAAAUCUUUUAUUUGGCUUCUAUUGCUAUCUCAGUCACUAUUGUUGAUGAAGCUGUAGCAGAGAACAGUGAAGCCAAUGCACUGCUAAAGUGGAAGCACAGCCUUCACACAUCCAGCCAAGAUGUCUUGUCAACAUGGAAUGGUGUUACACCAUGCAAAUGGGAUGGAAUUCAUUGUAACAUGUACAAUUCCAAGUCCAUUUCCACCAUAGAUCUUGCAAAUUAUGGUCUCAUAGGUACCCUUAACGCCCUCAACUUCUCAGCUUUCCCUAACCUACUCAUCCUAAAUAUCUAUAACAACUCCUUUUAUGGGACCAUUCCACCACAAAUUGGUAACAUGUCCAGAGUAAAUGUUUUGAAUCUUUCUGCAAAUUAUUUCCAUGGUUCCAUCCCUCAACAAGUGUGGACACUAAAGAGUUUACAAGGUCUCGAUCUAUUCACAUGUCAAUUAAGUGGAGAGAUUCCUAAUUCCAUAGCAAACUUGUCAAACUUGACAUAUCUAGAUUUAAGCAACAACAGUUUUUCUGGCCAGAUUCCACCAGAGAUUGGAAACUUGCACAAGUUGAAAUAUCUAGCUAUUGGUAAAAAUAAACUUCUCGGUUCCAUUCCUCAAGAAAUUGGAAUGUUAACAAACCUUGCGCUCAUGGAUUUGUCAGAAAAUUCUCUCUUUGGUACUAUACCUGAAACAAUAGGUAACAUGAGAAAUUUAAGUCAACUUUACAUUUCUAACAACUCCCACCUACAUGGGCCAAUCCCAUCCUCCAUAUGGAACAUGUCCAAGUUAACAGUGCUCAACCUUUAUGGCAAUAGCCAUUCUGGAUCAAUCCCUGCUUCCAUAGAAAAUUUGGGCAAUUUAGAUAAACUUGGACUUGAUCACAACCAACUUUCAGGUCCCAUUCCUUCCACGAUUGGAAAGUUGACUAAGCUUACCUAUUUGUUUUUAAGCUUCAACAAUUUUUCUGGAUCAAUUCCUCCCUCUAUAGGAAAUUUGAUCAAUUUGAAAACGCUUAGUCUCGAAAGAAACAAUCUCUCAGGAACAAUUCCAGCCACAAUUAAAAAUUUGAAAAGGCUUACCAACUUAGCAUUGUCCGUGAACAAACUUAAUGGCAGUAUUUCACAAGUCUUGAAUAACAAUAAUAAAUGGUAUAUUGUGUUACUUGCUGAGAAUGAUUUCACAGGCCACUUACCACCUCAAAUUUGCUCUGCUGGGUCCCUAAGCCUCCUUAGUGCUCACCACAACCGUUUCACCGGUCCGGUGCCAGUAAGCUUGAAGAACUGUGCUAGUGUUACUAGACUCCGGUUGGAUGGGAACCAAUUGGAAGGAGAUAUAUCACAAGAUUUUGGUGUAUAUCCAAAUUUGAACUACAUUGAUUUGAGCGACAACAAGUUUUACGGCCAAAUUUCAUCAAACUGGGGUAAGUGUCCUAAUCUUGAUACCCUAAAGAUAUCCAACAAUAACAUUUCUGGUGGUAUACCAGUCGAACUUGCUGAGGCAACCGAACUUGGCAAGCUUCACCUUUCUUCUAACCACUUGAAGGGAAAGAUUCCAAAGGAAUUAGGCAAUAUGAAAUCUUUAAUUGAACUCAAGAUUAGCAACAACGAUCUUUCUGGAGACAUUCCCAAGGAAAUUGGAUCACUGCAAAUUCUUGAAGAAUUGGAUCUUGGAGAUAACCAGUUGAGUGGAAAAAUACCAGCAGAAGUUGUAGAGUUGCCUAAGUUACGGAAGUUAACUUUGAGCAAUAAUAAAAUAAACGGAAAUAUUCCCUUGGAGUUUCGCCAACUUCAGCCUCUUGAAUACCUUGAUCUUAGUGGGAAUUUUUUGACUGGAACAAUACCAAGGCAACUUGGAGCGGUGAUCAAACUAAACUGUUUGAAUCUCUCUCGCAACAAUCUUUCUGGAAGUAUUCCAUCCAGUUUUGAGGGCAUGUCAAAUUUGGUUUCUGUCAACAUAUCAUACAAUCGGUUAGAAGGGCCACUUCCCAAAAAUGGAGCCUUUCUUAAUGCUUCAAUUGAAUCAUUGAAAAAUAACACAGGUUUGUGUGGGAACGUCACUGGGUUGAUGCUUUGCCCAGCCAACCGCAAUGAAAGGAAGCACAAGGACAUUCUUCUGAUAUUACUUCUCAUGUUGGGUGCUCUUGCAUUAAUAUUGUGUGCGGUGGGUGUUUCAAUGUAUAUUCUUUGUCGAAAAGCAAGGAAGAAAGAAGCCCAAGCUAAAGGAAAAGAAGUAUCAGAAAAUGCAUUGUCUCAAGAAGUGUUUUCCGUUUGGAGUCGUGAUGGAAAAAUUAUGUUUGAAACUAUCAUUGAAGCUACCCACAAUUUUAAUGACGAAUAUCUCAUAGGUGUCGGAGGACAAGGAAAUGUUUACAGAGCCGAGUUCCCUUCAGGUGAGGUUUAUGCGGUGAAGAAACUUCAUCUAGGAACAGAUGGAGAGAAGCCUAAUUUUAAAGCUUUUGAGAAUGAAAUUCAAGCUUUGACCGAAAUCAGGCACCGUAAUAUUGUAAAGCUAUGCGGGUUUUGCUCACAUCCACGAUUCACAUUUUUGGUUUAUAAGUUCAUGGAAGGGGGUAGCUUGGAUCAAACCCUAAGCAAUGAGAAAAAAGCAUCUGCAUUUGAUUGGGAAAAGAGGGUGAAUGUUGUUAAAGGUGUGGCCAAUGUUUUAUCCUACAUGCAUCAUGAUUGCUCACCUCCAAUAAUCCAUCGUGACAUAUCGAGCAAGAAUGUUCUUCUUGAUUCACAGUACGAAGCUCGUGUCACUGAUUUUGGAACAGCUAAGAUUCUAAAGCCUGGUUGCUCUUGGACGACGUUUCAAGGCACAUUAGGGUAUGCAGCUCCAGAGUUUGCUCAAACUAUGGAAGUAACUGAGAAAUGUGAUGUAUUCAGUUUUGGUGUGCUUUGCCUAGAAAUCAUCAUGGGGAAACAUCCGGGGGAUCUCGUUUCUUCGUUGUUAUCUUCAUCUUCAGCAGCAAUAACUCAUAAUUUGCUACUACUGGAUGUGCUAGACCAAAGGCCUCCUCAUCCUCUUAAAUCAGUUGUCGGGGAUGUCAUUUUGGUUUCAAGCUUGGCAUUUUCUUGCUUGAGUGAAAAUCCAAGUUCUCGCCCAACAAUGGCUGAAGUGUCCAAAAUGUUAAUGAUGGGGAAAUCCUCGUUACCAGCUCAGUUACCCAUGAUUAGACUUGGACAACUCCUCUAAUGCAAUAUUGAACAACAACAGAUUUCUGUUUUGCUUGUUUUCUUUGUACACCAUUUGUCCUUUAUCUUAGGUUGUAAGCUAUGUUUGUUUUGUGAUCGAAAUAAGUCAUGUAGAAUUUACUAGAGAAGCUAGAUUUUCUGGUUUAUAUAAUAAGGGGUUGGAUAAUGAUU